GUUUAAUUUCAUCUUCACCGCAUGUUAUCUAACUCUGUCUUUUCAGAUCCUCCCACAUUAUCAGCUCGUUACCCUCACCUGGUUCUCCUUGCCCUCACCUGAAGCACAUCCCCUCAUCAGCCACUCACUAUUUAAGGCCGUCACAUUUGUUUGUUCCCUGCCAGAGUGUCUUGUGUGCAUGACAAGUUUUCCAGCGUUUUUCCGAUUACCGAUAUCCCGUCCUGACCUAGCCUGUCUUCUCUUGACCACGAACUAUUCGCCUGCGCCCUUUCUGGAUUUGUUUGCCUGUCGGAUGGCCAUCCUGUUUCUGAACCCUGCCUGUCCCAGUUUACGGAUUUCCUGCUUGCCCCUCUGGAUUUGUUUGCCCAUUGGACUGCUGGAGACGACUGGCUUAAGGAAGGAGACAUGGAAUACUGGUGCUAUUGCAGUUCAGAGACUGGGUUGUUGGAGAUGAUUGGGUAGGGACCGCUAUAUCUGGGGGAAAGCUUCCCAGACUCUCUGCGUAGGGGGAUGUACCUGGACGAAAGCCAAACACUUGACUGCCCGAUGCAGUAGGCCGGGGCGGGUGCUUGUCGUUGAUUUACCACCCUCCUGUUCUGCUCUGCCGUGCGAAGCAAAGCGGCCGUAGUGUCUCUCCACAGCCACCCACAACGACGGGCAUUGCUCAGAACUGAUGGUACUGCAACCUCAACUUCCUGGCUGGGGAACAGUGGAGGCUGAUAGCCCAAGGACGCCUCAAAUGGGGACAGUCCAGUGUCCGUAGACGUGUGGGAAUUGUGGGCGUACUCGACCCAAGGGGGGGUUGGUAGCAAUCACACACCUGAGGAUGGCCUUGAGCUCCUGGUUUAGCCUCUCCGUCUGGCCAUUAGUUUGUGGGUGGAAUCGUCCCGGAUGAAUCGCCGAUAGAAAUUCAAACACGAAACGGUUAAGGAAGUUGUGUAGAACAUCAUUAACCAGCGCUUGAAAAACGGCAGGAGCAUUAGUUAAUCCAAACGGCGCACCAGAUAUUCAAAGUGUCCCAAGAGUGUGUUAAACGCCGUCUUCCAUUUGUCGCCUUCCCUAAUCCGGACAAAAUGAUAUGCGUUGCUGAGAUCCAAUUUCGUAAAUAGCUUGGCCCCAGCUAAGGGCCCGGAACCAGAGGAUCAUGAGUGGUAAAGGAUGUUUUUUUUUAUAGUAAUUGAAUUCAAACCUCAGUAGUCGAUGUAGGGGCGGAGGGUCUUGUCCUUCUUGGGGACAAAGAAGAAUCUCACUCCCACGGGUGAAGACGAGUUACGUAUGAUCCCUGCGGCAACAGUCUGAUAUAUUUCUCCAUGGAUUCGCGCUCUGGCCGGGAGAGAUUGUCAAUAGCGCAUCAUAGGGCCGUUGAGUAGGAUGUGAAAUGGCCCGCUCCAUGCUAAAUGCCUCUGCUAGGUCCUGAUAUUCCUCAAGCACUGCGGCUAGGCUAGGACCGGUGUCUGGUCUGCCUGGGGGAAGAACCUGAUGGGGGACCGGAGGCAGCGGGAGUGGCAGGUGGAACUCCACCGACCAAUCAAUAGUGGAUUAUGAUCCAUGAGCUAGGGAAGGCCCAGGACCAGCAGUGUUUGAGGGGAAGUGAACACGUAGAACUGGGUCUUCUGACUGAUUCCUGGGCACGAGUAGGGAGAUAAUCUUUUUUUUAAACUGCAGUUUACGACGACAACUUGUUAUCAAUAUUUGCUGGUUGUACUGUGAGUGAGGUGACAUUUCCUUUGCUGUCUCUUUUGACUUUUGUCUUGUUAUUUUUAAUGACCAGUCCACGACUCCAUUAGAGAACAAGGAUUUGAAAGAAACUGGGACUCAAAACACUGCAGCAACAUCCCAACACUGUCACACCUGUAUAUCAAGUAGGGUUUCUGUCCUGUCUCUAUGGAUGUUUUGUGACUUCCUGUUUUAUUUUGAAAAUUAACUCCUCGUUUCAAGUUCCUUGCCCUUCCUCAUGUGUCACUGCAGCUAUUACACUGCAGCUAUAAAUAGACUAAGGAAAAGAAACACAGCCUAAGUGUGGGGGAAUGGGGAUGUAGAAGAGGGUGCGUGGCCUAAAAGGUUUGGGAACCACUGUCUUCGAGGAAACACUGGAAAGGAUAAAUUAACACCAUCUGCACCCAAGACACUGACUAAGUGCAUCAAAGUGGAUGAGGUGGUGAUCCCCUGAGGUGCUCUUGCGUUUAUCAACCAGAGGGAGGACAGCUGAGAGCUCUUCAGCCGGCACAGCGUGCGCUCAUCUACGCAGAUAAGAAGACUGUCUUAAAGCUCUGCUGCUGCAACGCCGGCGGCCCAUCUAGCUCUCCUGGGCCUGUAGCCUGUGCUGCCGCCGCCGCCGCCGGCAUGCUUCCGCAUCCAGUCCAGCAGGAAGAAACCUGGGACAGCAGAGAGGGAGAAAAAAAACAAGUUUGAGUCUUCAAUAGGGCGAAGAGACGCGAAGAAAACGAGAAGGUGGCUAGCGGAGAGUAAAGCUAACUACCGUUAACUACCAACGGCACGUCAGUGGGACAGGAAAAGUUUUCCGCGGGAGAAAAAGGGGAAUCUCAGCGAGUGUUGAAAGAAAACGGACAAUGAUUGACAUGGAUGCUGGGUUACACCACUACUGGACGGAAAAGCAGCACGGAUGCGAGUGGACACAGGAGCAGCCUUUAUCCUUGGUGCCUAAGGUUGUAUAUCGGAGGAAACCACAUCCCCUCACACCACAGUCAACACAGAUCACGCUGAAAACGUACACUGGUGAGCAGUAGCGGCUGGUCCAUAGAGAGAAAUGGGACGUGGCCUCACCAUGAGCGAUUUAAUAUAAUGUUGUUUAUUAUAUUAAAACUACAUUUUACAAGUAGUCAAUAUUUGUGUUUUUGAAACGUGGAUUAAAUACCCGGUAAUUUUUGUAAAUUAAGAUAUCUGCGGAAAAUAUAUACUCAUCCUCUCCGCAUGUCUCAUCUGUGCACGGGCCCAAAGCGGGUCCAAGAAGCAGUUAGCCAAUCACUGAUAAAGUUGAUGAGUGAGAUUAUAAUUUUAGCGUCCUAAAAUACAUUGAAAUUUGGGCAUGGCCCUUCGGCGCCCCCAGUGGUGAUCCAGCCGAGGUCGACGGCAGUCGGGCGGCAGAGGAACUUCCAUGGGGCGGCCGGGACAGCAGUCAGGGGCUAUGCUCGGGGGCCCCGGCAACAGGUCACGGGGAGCCGGACACAGAGGUGUGUGAGUCGUGGAGCAGGGACUGAAGUCGGGGGCAUGAGUUGUGGAGCCGGAGGUCACUCUCAAUUUGAGUGUGUAACACCACCUGCUGGAAGUUUAGUUUAACUCUUCGUACGUGAAUGACUUGCAAAACACCAGUAAAUGCAUUGGAUUUAACCCACAUACAUUUUAUUUGUUCAACACAUGGUGUAGAAUAAGAGUUAUUACAAUUAAAAUAUUCAACCAAUAAAACCAUUUAAAAUCAUGUUCGUCAUCCAGCUUCUCUUCCCAGCCCACACAUAGAAGCUGCCACUCGUGGUACCACACAUCACACUGGACCCACAACACCUCGAGCUCACAGCUUCCCUGCACUGGCCACACUCUCAAGCCGACUCUGUGUCUUCAGGAGUGUGACCCACUAACAUAAUAAAAACAACUUUUAAUUAAAGAAAGUGAUCACAUUUUCAUGAGUUGCCAUGCAAACAAAGUUAACAGUAACUACACUACCGGUGGAUGUCGUGGGUCCAGCAGAAGAGGAGCUGGAUGGCGGAGGUCCUGUGUCUGCAGAUUAUAUGAAGGAUUUACAGAAGGAGGGAGAAGGAGGUUGGGACCCACAGGGGCCACAUCCAGCUGCUGAUGUUGAAGGUGCUAAAAUAAUAAUAUUUUAUUAUUACAACAUGAGCUUAUGAGUCACAAUAAUGAAUACAUUCCAGAUUAUUCCAGACUUGAAAUGCCCAACACUAUGUGCUGACAAGGAGAUGGGGAAAGGGGGAGGUGCCCCUCAGCAGGCAGGCUCCUCUGCAGUGCUGUGCUGCUGCUAGCAGGCAGCUGUUGACCUUGAGAGGCACUAGAGGGGGCGACGCGGGAUGAGGGGCCGGCGAUCGAGUGUCUGGAGCCGGCGGCUGAUGCGGCCACGAGGGAAAACGGUCCUCUGCCGCUGGGGCGGAAGCCGGCAGACAGGGUGGAGGAAGUGAUUGCCGAGCUACCAUCUAGUGCCCGCUGCUGCUCUCAGUCUCUUCUGACCAGAGCUUGGGCCUCCCUAGCUGCAUGGUCCUGCGCCUCCACAAGGACAUCCGACGUCUCCUGAGCUGUCUCUAGCCUGGCCUUGGUGGUGUUCCUCCUGGCCUUACCAAUUUGUCUAUUAUAAUUUAUUUUGGCCAAGAGGUGGGCCAGGUCAACUGGAAUUCGCCUGAUGUUACCUGUUGUGUAUUGAUAUUAAGGUUGUUCCCUAGGGCAUCCCUGCUGUAAACUGUUAACCUGCACUAAAUGCUGGGUAUUCUUUCUCCUAUGCAACAUCCAUUGAAAUAUACACAUUAUCUUCCAUGUGAUCUUUACUUCAGUUGUAUUAGUAUAGAGUGUGCUAUACAACAACUGACGACAAGGAUGGGAUGAUCCUGUGCUGUGCUCAGCAAGCACCUGGUUCAAAUGUGUUUGACCACCCCUGACAUUUCACUUACAUGACGUUAGCACGUAGUGUCCAAGGGCCAGUGGCCCCGGCCCCGUGCUCAUAGCAGGCCCGCUCUAAUUACAAGCCAACUCUCCACCCGUCAACUGUGGAGAGAAAGUAAAUCAGCUACUAAAAACAAUAUUAUGAUUAAAAGAAAACGCUAAUGUUAUCUUGAGUUUGUGCAUCGAGAGCAUUUGGACUGAGCUCUUUGAUUUAUGUGCCAGGAUGUUUUUAUGUUAACAAAGAUGAAUUUAUUAUUCUUUAUGAAAUACGGAUGGAAAUAUGUCUUGUGUAAUAUUGACUGUUCUCUGUAAAAGGAAAAUAAAAAAGAGAGAGAGUAAAUAAGAGUGGAUGGUUCCGUUCCCAGCGCGUGCACACGAUGGUCCUAUAGCGGCGGUCACGUGACUCUCCUCCUAGCAGCGCUGCUUCGCGGCGCCGCCGACGCACUUCACGUCAGAAGCCGCGUUGGCCGCCUUGUCAGCAGCGCUACACGGGACGCACAGCCGCCCAGGUUGUUUCCGAAGGGGCCACAGCAUCCACGGCCAUGGCCGCCCACGGGGGAUCCAGGAUCUUGAGUGUCCCCUCCUGGCCUCACGGAGCCCCCCAAGGAGAGCAUGCAGCUGAAGAAGGAGAUCUCCCUGCUGAACGGGGUCAGCCUGAUCGUGGGCAACAUGAUUGGCUCGGGCAUCUUCGUGUCCCCGAAGGGCGUGCUGAUCUACAGCGCCUCCUACGGGCUGUCGCUGGUCAUCUGGGCCGUCGGGGGCCUGUUCUCCGUGGUGGGGGCCUUGUGCUACGCCGAGCUGGGUACCACCAUCACCAAAUCGGGGGCGUCGUACGCGUACAUCCUGGAGUCCUUCGGCGGCUUCAUCGCGUUCAUCCGCCUGUGGACGUCCCUGCUGAUCAUCGAGCCCACGAGCCAGGCGGUCAUCGCCAUCACGUUCGCCAACUACCUGGUGCAGCCGCUCUUUCCGACGUGCGAGCCGCCGUACGCGGCCUCCCGGCUCAUCGCCGCGGCGUGCCUAUGCCUGCUGACAUUCAUCAACUCCGCCUACGUGAAGUGGGGCACCCGCGUGCAGGACGUCUUCACCUACGCCAAGGUGGCGGCGCUCAUCGUCAUCAUCGUCACCGGCAUCGUCAAGCUGUGCAAAGGUCACACCGACAACUUGGAGUCGUCCUUCCAGGGAUCGUCCACAGACCCUGGUGACAUCGCGCUGGCCCUCUACUCCGCCCUUUUCUCCUACUCCGGGUGGGACACCCUCAACUUUGUCACGGAGGAGAUCAAAAACCCGGAGAGGAACUUGCCCCUGGCCAUCGCCAUCUCCAUGCCCAUCGUCACCGUCAUCUACAUCCUCACCAACGUGGCCUACUACGCCGUCCUGGACGUCAGUGCCAUCCUGGCCAGCGACGCCGUCGCUGUGACCUUUGCAGAUCACGCUCUCGGCGUGAUGAGCUGGACCAUCCCCAUCGCCGUGGCUCUGUCCUGCUACGGAGGCCUCAACGCCUCCAUCAUCGCUGCAUCCAGGUCACCUCCCAGACGCCCUGUCCAUGAUCCACAUCCAGAGAUUCACUCCCAUCCCAGCUCUGAUCUUCAAUUGUGUCAUGUCCCUGAUCUACCUGACGGUGCAGGACGUCUUCCAGCUCAUCAACUACUACAGCUUCAGCUACUGGUUCUUCAUGGGCCUCUCCACCGCCGGGCAGAUCUACCUCCGCUGGAAGGAGCCCGACCGGCCGAGACCUCUCAAGCUGUCCCUCUUCUUCCCGGUGGUGUUCUGCUGCUGCGCCGUCUUCCUGGUGGCGGUGCCUCUCUACAGCGACACAGUCAACUCCCUCAUUGGCAUCUCCAUCGCGCUGUCAGGGGUCCCCGUCUACUUCCUGUGCGUCUACCUGCCGGAGUCCAAGCGGCCGCCCAUCAUCACCAGGAUGCUGCGCUCCCUGACUUACUCCACCCAGUUCUCCUGCUACUGCGUUCUGACGGAGGCAGACAAAAAGCAAUAGUGGGGAGUCCAGCUCCAUCUUCUGUGGAGGGGUGGGGUUCUCCACAUUGAAGCUCCCAGCUGCCAGCGACCUGUUUACAAAACACUGAAAGAACUGCUGCAUGACGGUUUGAUUCCGGAAUUGAAGGACAUUCAAUCAUCACCCCCCGUUGAGGGUAGGCGAUGGCCCAACCCUUCACGCCGAGGCGCCGCUCAUGACCUCAGGACACUGUAACAACACUGGAGAGAAGCUCGGUGCAGAAAGAGAGAAGAGGUUUUGUUUUGAAUGCUGCUACGUGAGGACUUGAAGUUCUCAUCUAUGUUCACUUCAUUUUCAAGGCGAGUUUAGCUGCCUGUUAAAUGCAGUCAGUCCAACAUCGUAGGAAGCUUCCUUUUUACUUGUAUUUGUCACAAUAAAUGUUUCUUCAGAGUUGUGUUUUUACUGCCUGCAGAAUCACUCAGCGAUGAAACGGAGCCCGGGAGGGAUUGAGAAGAACUUAAUUUCUCAACUAUAGCGUGUAUUGUUUUUGUAUCAAUGUGUUCAAAAAUGGAUCCGACAGAGCAAAACGUGGAUGAAUGUGCACAGGAGUGAAGAUCACAGGUGUCUGAAGUAGUGAGACGGGUCCAGAGGUCGUACUCAGACACGU